AUGUGCUGCGCCAUGGCGAGCACCUCCAUGUGGUUCGCCACGGACUGCGUGGUGCGCACCCUGGAGUGGGACGUCCCCGUCCUGGAGAACGUCUUCUUGCGCUCCGCCCUCAGCAUCCCCACCCUGCUGCUCGCCUCUUGGCUGCUGGGCAUCAAGCCCAUCCUGGGCCACCUCAAGUCCGCGCCCUUCCUCCUGCUGCGGGGACUGGUGGGCUCCAUCACCUGGAUCUCCGUCUUUGGCGCCCUGCUGCUGAUCCCGAUGGGCGACGCCCUGGCGCUGCUGUUCGCCUCCAACGCCGUGGUGGCGGUCACGGCCCGCCUGCUGCGCCUGGACCAACGGUUCCGGUGGUUCUCCUACCUUGGCGUGGCGUGCUCUCUGCUGGGGAUCAUCUUCAUCACGCGCCCGCCGCUCAUCUUCGGCGGGGAGGGCGACCUCACCCCCAAGCGCAAACUGGGCAUCUUCCUGGGCCUGCUGGCCUGCUUCGGCGUCACUACCCUCUUCCUGGUGGUGCGCUUCAUCGGCAAGUCCGAGGCGCCCAUCACGAUCACACUCUACCUCCCCAUGGUGGCCAUCGUCAUCAGCGGCGUGCCCCUCGCCUUCGGUUUCCCCCAGGCCAUUGUCUGGAACGUCCGGCCCUUCGACAUGGGCCUGAUCGUCCUCUACACCCUCCUCUCGAUCAUCGCCCAGCUGCUGAACGCCCGCGCCAUGCAGCUGUCCUCGGCCACGUUGACUUCCACAAUCAACUCGCUGGAGCUGGUGCUGGGCCGCGUGGGGGACGUGCUGAUCUUCCACACGGUCGGAGUCACCGCCCUGGCGAUGGUGGGCACGGGGCUGAUGUUCGUGGGUGCCGUGACGGUGGCCCUGGGCGGGGGGCGGGGCAAGGAAGGCGUGGAGCGGAGCGCCGCCAGCCGGCGGGACAGCGGGAGCAGGGCGGGCGAGGCGUGGCGGGAGGCGCCGUAG